UAAUGACAAGGUGGGGUGUGAUUAGCACUGCAGAGAUCUGACUUCAUCAAUCACGGUGUGUAUGGCAGUAGUGAAAAGGGUGUUUGAAUGGGUGUGGGAUCGCGAUGCCCUGCGAAGUGUAACUUGGAGGCCUUAAGUGAAGGCAGUAGCUUGAGGUUGUAGCAUUAGCAUAGGAAGGUUGGGGUUUAGCAUGUUUCCACUAGAUGCUGAUAUUUUAGUCAAAUGAAAUAUAAUAAUACGUGUGCAUGGUAGUAGCGCCACGCGAUGAAAUUUACUCGUUGCAAAGACGGCAAGGAGGGAGAAAAACCCCUUGUCAACAUGAAUCAACCAGUUCUUGUAAUCCUCCGCCCUUCGGUAGGCCCUGGUGCUACAGCACCGACCUUUAAGAGGUCGUCUCCCGCGUCUCGGCAAUAUAUGAGUCCUGGCUGCUGAAUUCUAUUCCAUGUUUUUAGCUGCACCUGAUUCCUGGAUCCUGUGCUGAGUGUUCCUGUCAAUCGUUGCGCUCCUUUAAUCUCGUAAAGAAUUCGAGUCAGAAAAGAAUUGGUAGCCAGAGAAGCUCCGAAAUCCUCUACGCGCACAUUCCUCUGAAUGUGAGGAACUUUCACAGCUUGUGUGACGAUCGAGUUAUAACUUGGCACGGCGACCACCUGUGCAGAUUCAUUUAUCUUUUGAGGCAUUAAUAUCCUAUCUAUAUACGAAGAUAUUUUACACGUGGAGGAAUGUCAUGGGACUGUCGGAUUCAUGCUCAUGCUGCAGCCUUGUUCUCGACAACAUAAUUAAUUAAAAGUGGAUUCUGAGAUUCAUGUUUUCUCAAUAGUGAGCUUGCUGCAGGUUCAAUUGCUAUUAGCUCCAUCUGGUUAUUCGAUAUGGCGGUAGGAAUGGCUCGUGGGGAAGAAGUUCAAAGUGCUGUCAACUAUGACAGUGGCAGCAAGUCCAAGUACAGCGUUGACAUGACCAAGCCUAUGGUUGCUCAAGUGGGCCACCUCGGGGCAUAUUACGACGAAUGGGUCCACCAGCCGGUGAUGCGCAAAGGAAGCCCCAGAUUCUUCCACAGCAACGUUCUUGAGAUGGGAACCAAAGCGAAAUGGUGGAUGAUUCCUGGCAUUUGGGGGCCUGCGGUGGCGGUUUGCGUAUACAGAGCAGUUUCUGAGGGGCUUCCUCUGCACAUGGUUGUGGCUACCUUUUGCGUGGGGUUGCUUAUGUGGACAUUGGUAGAGUAUAUACUUCACCGAUUCUUGUUCCACAUGAAGACUUCUUCUUACUGGUCCAACACCAUCCAUUACGUUUUACAUGGAUUCCACCACAAACAUCCCAUGGACAGUGACCGCCUCGUAUUCCCACCGCUCUUCGCUCUCUCCAUCAUCAUUCCGGUGUGGUUUGCGCUUCAACUUGUCGUGCCAUCUCCAGCUUAUCACUCAUCACUGUUCGGAGGGCUACUAUCGGGCUAUAUUCUGUAUGAUGUCACUCACUACUAUCUCCACUUUGGCAUGGCGUUUACUCCGCGUCUCCACAAGAUGAAGAAAGAUCAUUCCGACCACCACUUUAAAAAUCAGUUGUACAAUUACAGCUUCGGGGUGACCAGUCCUUUUUGGGACAUUGUCUUUAACACUCUCCCUCCUUCGAAGGCUUUUUUUAGACACAUACGACAAACAAAUGCAGUAUAUAGUCAGUAGAAGAGUAGAAGGGUACCAAAUGCCUAAAGGUCACACAUCUUCAGUGCAUCUCUGAGGAGUAUCAUUAUAAAGAUGAACGCUUACUAUUCAGAUAGUAUAAUUUUUAUAUAUUUUACUAACUGGUUGAACCAUCCAUGUAGCUCGUGCAGUUGAGGUGGAGCCUUUGAGCUGCGAUUACAACACUCGAUGGACUUAAUUUUUUCUGACACAGCAGGGAAUGACUUCACUUAUUAAAGGACAUUACUUCAUUCUUUUGAUCA